CAACUUUUAAACUACUCAAUCGAAACUAGCCAGAGCAAGGUCAAGAGGUUAUAAAAACCAAAUACCAAAGGUGGAGGGCCAAGUGUAUGUCAUGUGAGUUAAUUUUUUUUUUAUUUUUUUUGUUAUUUUUAACUUAAAUAAAAAUCAAGAAAAGUAGAUCAGUACGAAAAAAUCCUAAAUCCAAACUGGUGAUCAAAAUUCCAUUACUUAAGGUAUAGAUUGAAAUGAAUUAAAAUGGACUAAAUGUUUUCUUUUAUAUUUUUUAUUAAUUAAGAUAAUUAUUAUUAUUUUACAAUGAAAAUAGGUUGGCUUUUCUUUUUUUGGGCUAGAUUAAAAUGGGUUGGCUUGUAAAGUUUAGUUUGGAGAUACCAGAACAUUGAAGUGGUGACCAGGGAAAGAUAUUGGGCCAGGCAUAAUGCUGGGCCUUCGCACAUUAUUAAGCCUAGUAUGCGUGGAACCCACUACUAUUUGAACUUUGAGGACCUAAUGGUUUCCCUCCCAAUGUGAAGGGAGACGACUAACGACCAAGUGUUUGUGAAAAUGCCCCAGCGAAAUCACAGCAGGGAACAGCCCUACAGCGACACUAAUCUGCGAAGAUCUCCGAGAUUUUUUUCAAAUAGUCGUCCAACACCAGAAGAUCCGAAAACGCCAGGCACCAAAUCGAGGAUUAACAGUGUCCUUUCGGAUUCUCGAACCCUCGGCCCGGCGCGUAACUGUUCUCUUAAGAACACCCAGAGGCGGUGUCCGGAAAAAGUUCCAAAGAAGGGCGAAGAUUCGAAAUAUGGGUCGAAGACGUUUGAGAAAUUAGAGACUGGGUCGGAAAGUUCGGCAAGAUUGAUUCCUGGUGUUUGUCUCCAACGAUCUCCGAGGUUUUCUGGUAAGGCUAAUUCACUUGAUAAAUUUGUUGGAGAGAAAAGUUCCAAUCAGUCAGAUCGAGAGGGUUUAUUAAAUUUCAAUGACGCUGAAGUGCGUACUGAUCCAGAUAAAGGAGUUGUGGCUAUAACUGAGAAGAGGGUGACGCGUAGUUCUGGUAGGGCAAAUGGUGAUGAAUGUGUCGAGAAGGCUAAAAAUAAUAAGGGUAGCAGGUUUAUCAAGAAAGCUUCAGUUAAUGUUUCUGACAAGGAGAAUUUACCAGAUGUUGAAAGAAUUAAAGUAUGCUGCGCUGGUAAUUCAGGUAAACACCUCGGGGUUAAAUUGGAGAGGAGGGUGACACGAAGUUAUGGGGCUAACAUUGACAAAUCUAAUGAGUUUAUUAAGAGUGAUUUCAGGGAAGCUUCUGGUGAAAAGGAUAUAUUAGUUGAGGAAAGAGCUAAAGUCUGCCCAAGUUCAGGUAAAAAGUUCGGGGGUAAAUUGGAAAAGAGGUUGAAGCAUACUGAUCGGGCAUCCUCAUUGGUUGUAGAUGGAGUAAAGGAGAAGAAGGGAGAUAUUGAUAAAGGUAUUGAGGUAAUUGGAGUUAAGAGGAAGAGAAGUCAAGUUCAGGCAGGGCAAGAAAUUGGUCAAGGUUGGACUAAAGAUCAGGAAUUGGCUCUGCAGAGAGCUUAUUUUGCUGUGAAGCCAACACCCCAUUUCUGGAAGAAGGUUGCUAAGCUGGUGCCGGGAAAGUCUGCACAGGAUUGUUUUGAUAAAUUACAUGCUGACCACCUGACACCACCUCAACCACAAAAUCGUUCGAGUUCAAGGACAACAAGAACAAACUCCGCAUCUUUCUCCUUUUCCACAAGUACAUUGAUCAAACCUGCAGAGCCAAAGACCAGGAAGCCAACUAGCCGUAAGCCCAAGAGUCAUAUUUUGCAGAAGACUGUUAGACAAUUACUAGAAAAGCAUUAUGAUGUGGACCAAGAUCAUGAAGCUGAUUUAUUUUCAGUUCUUGAAUCUACUUCUGACCCAACUGCUCAACCUUUAGAGCCGGGUGUAUUAAUCUCCACACCAGUGCGCGAAGAAGAAAAACCUGGAUGCUCAAAAAUCUGGACUCAGAAAUCUCUGUCAGCCCAUAAGAAGCCAGUUUCACGACUCUGUAGCUCAGGUGGAGCAACUCUUGUGAGCCCCCCAGUUCUGAAGCUUAUAAAAAACAGGGCCUUACAUGAGAAAUACAUUGAUCAGUUACAUUGCAGAGAAGCUAAGAGAAGGGCAGCAUCUGCUCGGGCAGGCAAACUCACUCCAGGUGGAAAAGAGAAUAGAAAGGCAAGUUAUGUCCAGAAAACAGAUGCUAUUAGAGCUGCAAAAAAUGCUCUGGUUUUUGAAGCAAGGGAUGCUAUGCAUCAAUUCCGACAUUUGGAGGCUAUUGCCACCAGCAAAUAUUCCAACUCCGAUGAUGAUUCUAUUGAGAGGGAAGAUUAUGAAGAUGAAAGAUGAACCCUAACAACUAAUUUCUUCUUAGGUUCAAUUUGUAUCGGCAUGUAUUGAGAUUCUGGUCAGACAUAGAGGCUCCAUUUCUAACUUGUCAUCUCUGAGCUAUGCAGUCCAGCAGCAAUUGUCCCUUCGAAAUGCUGUUUAAGAGAAUAUGGCAACUUCUGCCUAGCAGUCUGUUUCAUGGUUUCAUUGACAGGUAUAAGAGAGGUUCUUUUGUGCCUUUACUAACUGUUUACCAUCUUUUGUAGUACAUAUUGAUUGUUUGCAAUCAUGUGAAUUUGUAGGUCACCAAGUUAUUGUACAAAUUUAGCUCCAGUAUUUGAGUUUGAAACACUUUCUUUUUACAGAAUGAAAAAGCAGAAAAUGGUAAAGCAAUUGCCAUAGUAACAGAUUGGUUUACGCGGAUAAUGUUUGGUGUGCCACAUUCAUUGAUCUUUUGAUCCAUUGAGUACUAAAUUCUUGGCUCUUAGAGAAUGAAAGACUUAAAGGACAAUCAUGGAGAGUGAAACAUUUAAUUAAGGACAAUAUAAGGAAGAGGAAAAAAGGACAUUCUUUUCAU